GGUCCAGAAGGUGAUCUCCGUCCGUGCUCAAAAUCCAAGAGCCCGGGGCUGUAGGUAGGAGUUAAGUGGGUAGGGUCCCUUAACCAGGGUUGUCCGGUACAGGUGGUGUGUGUUGUUUCGCCUAACGUGUCAGUGGCACAAAUCACGCGAACUUCAUAAACAUUGUGCCUUCGGAAGCCUUUCCAAGAUGCAUUUAAUCCCUGCGUGAGCCCAUGUUAGGCAUUCACAAAGGCAUGUGCGCUGUUCUCUCGGAAGCGGCCGGCCGGCUUCCCCUCCUCGCGCGCGGCUGUGGGUGCAGGUCCUCACGUCCCAGCCUCCCAUGGGCCCAAGGCCUUCUGGGCUCCAGUUUGAGGCGAAGCCACCCCAGAUCCGUAAUUUUCUGCAGUGAUUUAUUUUUACGUUUCAGGAGAAACAUGAACCAGAAGCUACUGAAGUUGGAGAACUUGCUACGAUUUCACACUAUUUAUAGGCAACUGCACAGUCUGUGUCAAAGAAGAGCAUUAAGACAGUGGAGGCAUGGUUUUUCAUCUGCUUACCCUGUGUGGACAGCUCAACUGUAUGCCUGGCCCUGGCCAACAGAUGUGCUCACUGGGGCUGCUUUAUCUCAGUAUAGGCUUCUAGUAACAAAAAAGGAAGAAAGACCAUGGAAAUCUCAGUUAUCUUCAACAAAAUCUAAAAAGGUGGUAGAAGUAUGGAUUGGAAUGACUAUUGAGGAACUGGCCAGGGCAAUGGAAAAGAACACAG